CCUGCCCUUCCUUUCAAGUUGGGCAAGCUCAAUCAUGUGGCCAUCGCCGUCCCUGACAUGGAAAAGGCCUCGGCCCUCUAUCGGGAUGUGCUUGGUGCUACCGUCAGCGCUCCCGCGGCAAGUCUCGAUCAACCCGACCAUGGCGUGACCACUAUCUUUGUCGAGCUGGGUGGUGAUACCAAGAUUGAGCUUCUUUAUCCCUUGGGGGAGAAGAGCCCCAUUGCCAACUUUUUGAGCAAGAACCCGGCCGGUGGCAUCCAUCACGUGUCGGACCUUGACGCUGCCAUUGACGUCGUUCGCCAGCAAAAGAUUCGUACUCUCUCGGAUAAGCCCAAGAUUGGGGCCCACGGCGUACCAGUCAUGUUCCUGCAUCCCAAGGAUUGCAACGGCGUCCUCGUCGAGCUGCAACAAGAAGAGUAG